UCCAGACUGGAGUGCUUGCUGUAGCCACGGAGGACCCCACCCUCGCCCCAGCACUGCCCAGGGCCCAAUGCAGCAUCACGGAGUCUGCAGUCCAUGAGGACCUGCUGAUAUCCAGUGUUGCUGGUAGGAGAGACUGGUCCUCUGAAGCGGCUGGUCACAACCAUGGCCCCAGAUCAGGACCUUGGAUCAGGAGCCGUCGCUGUUUAUUCCAGUAGAAACCGGGAGCGAACCACGAGGGACAGAGACUCCACCACUACACAGAACACAACCAGUGGACAGAAUAACUUCAGUCCUGGUGGUCAUCAGAGAGACAGAGGCUCCAGUCAGGGAUCCAGUCUGCAGUCCAGACCCUUCUCUUCACAGUCUCAGUGCAGGGAUAGAACAGGAGGGUCUAUCUCUAUGAUACAAACACCACAGUAUCCAUGAUGAACAGAGCAGGUCACCCUGGGCUUCAGCCUUCACAUAGUGGUGGGAGAUCCCCCUGGUGGUAGUCUGGUAGUCUAUCAGCAAGUCUGUCUUUUCCUUCAGGGUCUUGUUUAAUGCCUGGGGACUGGGUUGGUAGAAGGCCUGGACCUGGGUCUAGCCUUCCUUAGCUACCUCAUGGUUACCCCAUGAAUGCAGACAGGGUCAGGAUGGGCGUUCACCACAAAAGGUACCCAUCUAACACUAGGGCUAAGAGGGUAAUUAACCACAUAUCCCUCAUUAACUUGUCAUUUGAAACAUGCUUGUGUAAAUAUCUGUUUUUAGAGAGACAGUAAACCUAGGCUAGAACAAGGACAGUUGAGUAUUUACCUUACUGGGGUGAUGUAGAUGGAAUAAAGUAUUUCUAAUAUGUUCUCCUGUAUUCUUGCUAACACACUUCUUUCUAAACAAGUCGGCUCUAAGCUUGAAAGAUAGAUACUGAUCAUGAAUAGGAGAUUUGAUAAGUACCGUAAUUCAAAGAACAGCGCGCAUAUUUUUUUUCAUUUAACCACACCAUUUGAGCUAUGACGCCGACCAAUUAGAUCCUUUUUCGUCAGUGUUAACGGAAGUGAACAUUAAAUCAAGAACAAUUUUGUACGUUAGUGUUUUUGAUUGUUGUUAUUUAGACGUUUAUUAACACCCUGUAACUCAACAUAUGACUAAUUUAUCUGCAAAGAAUCACAUACCCCAGCUAGUAUUUAAUUCGCGUUGGAGACUGGAAUUGGUUGAUUGAUGUUAUUUAAGUAAAGCUAGCUAGUAGCUGCUAACAAUGGCUAAACGUAUGGUUUUUCACACUCAAAUAGCCUCCAUCAUGGAGGUGCUAGCGAAUGCAGCCGUGGCAGAGAUCUGUAAACUCGUCGACGACGACUAUGCAGUGUUUUGUUUGGAAAUAACUCAAAGCCAGAAAGAAAACAGGACAUUGCGGACAGAACUGAAAGUGGCACGGGAGCGCGCAGAGAAGACAGCGCGAGAGCGCGCCCUAGCUACUCGUCCCAGUAGUGUCAAGAUCCUCGACCGAUACAGAGGAAUGGCAAGAGGUGAAAGCCACAGGAGCUUUGUGAAGCCAGUGGGACACAACGCGUGGAUAGAUGACCAACCCAUAGCUAUAGAUGAGGGGAGUGGAACCUCACCCCAGCAUGUUAUCGUGGAAGAGACUGCAGAGGCUGCAGGUCCUGGGGUCAAGCUGGAGAGGUCUGAAGGAGAGGACCCACAGCACAGCAGAGACAUCCAGGAUGGUGCCGCGUCUGGAGUGGCACCCCCUGUAGCCAUGGAGGACCCCACCACCACACCAGCGCUGCCCAGGACCCGACACAGCAUCACAGACGUCAGUGGAACGCUGAAUGCUGUCCUGAAGUCAGAGACAUACACUACGACUUUAACAGUGCUGGAGCGACUGGGCAGUCCCCCUGGUCGCCACUCUGAGUAUUUACUUUACGGGAGCCCGAGGAAGGUUCUGUCUCAUCAGGACUCAAGUGACACGUUACAGAAUAGCAAUGAUCCGUCGUAUUCAUACACUACAGAGACGAUACCUGAUGACAUGCCUGUGGGCUUAGAUACACAGACUAAUCCAAUGAGAGGGGACUGGAACCAGUACAGCAGUAGUAUAUACUCUGAAGGGUCCCUAGAUAAGAAAGGGGGGGGUCUGGUUGUAGAUGAGGUGACUGUGAAGGAGGAGGGCGACCCUCCUCUGACAUGGAAUGCAGACGACACUCACUUAGGAGAAGGACAGUCACAGGGCAACACAAGUGACUUCUUAGACUACAGGGAAAGCUUAGAGCCAAAUCCAAAUAUCGCAACCCACUCCCCUUUACACGCGUUCAGGGAUUCAGACCCAGAGUCCACAUCGAUGGCACCUUCCAAUUCACACGGCUGUGUCCUUUUCGAUCAGGUAUUGAAUUCAAAGGAUGUAAGGUCCAAGACUCGAGGAGGGGGAGCAACAUCAGGCAACAGUAAAGAGAAACAGUUCCUCUGCAUGUUCUGUAAGAAAGGCUUCAGCUGCCCCCAGAAGGUGGAGAUCCACCAGAGGGUCCAUACAGGGGAGAAAUUAUUUAGUUGUACCCAGUGUCACAUGCGCUUCACCCAGGCUGGCACCCUGAAGAGACACCAGAGGGUCCACACAGGGGAGAAACCCUUCAGCUGUACCCAGUGUCACAUGCGCUUCACACAGUCUGGCAACCUGAAGAUUCACCAGAGGGUCCACAUAGGGGUGAAACCCUUCAGCUGUACCCAGUGUCACAUGUGCUUCUCCCAGGCUUGGAACCUGAAGAGCCACCAGAGGGUCCACUCAGGUGAGAAACCUUUCAGCUGUCCCCAGUGUCACAUGAGCUUCUCCCACUCAUCCAGCCUGAAGAGGCACCAGAGGGUCCACACGGGGAAGAAAAUGUACAGCUGCCACUAGUUUGGAAAUACUUUUCCCCCACCAGAACCAGCUGAAGAUGCACCUGAAGCUUCACAUGGGAGAAAGGAAGUUUGCCUGUGAGCACUGCAGAAAGAGGUUCUCAUAGGAGCUACCUCAGGAUACACCAGCAGAAAAAACAUUUCAUUAUAUAACGUAGAAAGUAACCAUUCCACUUGAUAGCUUCUGACGUUUAGAUCAAACCUUGCAUUGAAGACAAAGAUACAUUCCGAUUUAGAAUUAGAAGAGUAACAGAUUUCAGUGUUGAAUAUUCCUGUGUAGAAUAUUGCAGCCAGGCAGUGGCCGUGUCCAAAUACCCAUACUAGCGUACUUCAUACUUAAACUGCAUAUUCAUUUUGGCAUUUGAUCUAGUAGAAUUCACUAAUGUUUUCCAACUCAUGUGUUUGAUAACAGCUGAUAAUCCAAGAAAUUGAUGUGCUGUAUAAAAAUGAAAGCAUGGUGGGAGUGG